GGGUGGCGUCACUGGACUGCGCCCGCCUAGCGCGCCGUGUCUCUGCUGCUCUGGUUUGUGUCUGUGUUUUGCCGCGUCUCCCACUGCUCAUCGCCUCCGUUUCCAUGUCCCUGGUGGGUGCCUCACCCCAGAACAUCCCACGACCAUGGCCACCAGUUCGAGGGAGUCCUCGUUCUCUUCCUGCGCUUCGAACUCUGACAUUGAUGACGAGGGAGUGCGCGGCACCUGCGAAGAUGCUUCUCUCUGCAAGAGGUUUGCGGUGAGCAUUGGCUACUGGCAUGAUCCGUACAUUGAGCAUCUUGUGAGGCAGUCUAAAGAGAGGAAGGCCCCUGAAAUUAGCAGAGGAUAUUUUGCUCGAGUUCAUGGUGUCAGUCAGCUUAUUAAAGCUUUUCUCCGGAAGACAAAAUGUGACUGUCAAAUUCUCAACCUUGGGGCUGGGAUGGACACUACCUUCUGGAAGUUAAAGGAUGAAGGUCUUCUCCCAAAUAAAUAUUUUGAAGUCGACUUUCCAAUGAUAGUCACGAGAAAGCUGCACAUCAUCAAAAACAAGCCGCUUCUGUGCAGACCCAUCUUGGAGUUACACCCAGAGGACACUCUGCAGUUAGAUGGGCACAUGCUGGAUUCAAAGAGAUAUGCCAUCAUUGGAGCAGAUCUCCGAGACCUUUCUGAACUGGAAGAGAAACUAAAGAAAUGUAACAUGAAUACACAGUUGCCAACACUCCUGAUAACUGAAUGUGUGCUGGUUUACAUGACUCCAGAGCAGUCAGCCAGUCUCCUAAAAUGGGCAGCCAGCAGUUUUAAAACGGCCAUGUUCAUAAACUACGAACAGGUGAACAUGGAUGACCGGUUUGGGCAGAUCAUGAUUGAAAACCUCCGGAGGCGACAGUGUGACCUGGCAGGAGUGGAAACCUGCAAGUCACUGGAGUCGCAGAAGGAACGGUUGCUACUGAAUGGGUGGGAGACGGCAUCUGCAGUGAACAUGAUGGAGCUGUACAGUGGGCUUCCUCGGGCAGAGGUGAACAGAAUAGAAUCCCUCGAGUUCCUGGAUGAACUGGAGCUUCUAGAGCAGCUCAUGCGCCAUUACUGCCUGUGCUGGGCCACCCGCGGAGGCCAGGAGCUCGGUUUGAAGGAGAUAACCUAUUAACCUGGUGAAGGUACGAACCUGUGAAGGUGGAGGCUGAAGUCUCUAGCUGAGCAAGUACCCUGGGCCCCCUGAGGGAUGGGUAGCCUCAUCUCUGUUGUUGGCCCUGUUGCACACCCAGAGCCUUUGGUUACAAAGGUGGUCACGCCAGAUCCUGUUCCUGUCCCUUAUCAUUGUUUAAAUAAAUCUCACUUGCCACUUGUC